AUGGAGCUGUACGGUGUGGUGAAGAAGUUGCUGGCUCUCGGGCAGGAAGACUCCUCCUCCUCCGCCUCCUCCUCCUCCUCCUCCUCUUCAUCCUCCAAGGGCCCCCCAUCCCCCUCCUCAGAGGACCCGUCGUCCAAGCAGGUGGGCGUGCUGGGGGGCCAGAGCUCCUCGCUCUCCCCCCUGAGCCGCUGGGUGCUGCACAGCAAGAGCCGGGCAGCCAACACCUCGGCUGUCGAGCUGCCCUACCGCUCGCCAGUGCCCUUCUCCAAGCAGGAGUUCUGGGAGAUGCUGGGCAGCGACCUGAUGAAGGCGGCCGACGACCCACUGGGCGGGGCGCGCGUCAAGCGGCGUCCCAUCGUCAAGACGGGCAAGUUCAAGAAGAUGUUCGGCUGGGGCGACUUCUACUCCAACAUCAAGACACUGCGGCUCAACCUGCUCAUCACCGGCAAGAUCGUGGACCACGGCAACGGCACGUUCAGCGUCUACUUCCGGCACAACUCCACGGGGCAGGGCAACAUCUCCGUGAGCCUCGUGCCGCCGGUGAAGGCCGUGGAGUUCGACCUGGAGCGGCAGAGCGUGGUCUACCCCAAGGACUCCAAGAUCUUCAACUGCCGCAUCGACUACGAGAAGGUGGACCGCAGCAAGCGCACGUCGCUCUGCAACUACGACCCCUCCAAGACCUGCUUCCAGGAGCAGACGCAGAGCCACGUCUCCUGGAUGUGCUCCAAGCCCUUCAAGGUCAUCUGCAUCUACAUCAGCUUCUACAGCACCGACUACCGCCUGGUGCAGAAGGUCUGCCCGGACUACAACUACCACAACGAGAUGCCCUACCUGCCCUCGGGCUAG